UGCGCGGGCCUCGCCUGCCAGCCCCGGCGCACAGCCGCGGCCCGGGCGCGCGGCGCGGGGCGGAAAAGCCUGUUUACACAGACUGCACACCGCCUGGGGAAUAAUGCAGUAAAGGAAGUGAGCCGGCUCGGCCUGACUGCUCCAACUUCCUGCUCUCACACACACCAGAGGGGGAAAAAAAAAAAAAAAAAGAGGAGCGAGAGAAAGAAAAAAAGGGGGAAAAAUCAGGAUCUCAUUACAAGAGCAACAGACCGUCUGCAGACGCCUGUCAGCAUGGAAAGUCGGGGGGUUUCGCCUGGUUCCUCCUAGAAAUUCCCCCGAAGAAGGAUCUUGAAAGCUCCCCCACAUCUGGGAGGGGUUUUGUGCAGCCACUGUCAGCCCGGGGAGCCCUGAACUGCAGAGGGAGACAAGUUACGGCUUUAUUUACUUAGAGGUGCAGCCGCCGAAGAGCUUUUUCAGGGCAGCAUCGUGAAAACUUGGAAGUCUCUCUUGGCCAUUUUGGAUUUCGGACGUACAGGUUUUUUCUUCCCAGUUGUGCGGGGUAUGGAGAGUGCAAUCACACUGUGGCAGUUCCUGUUGCAGUUGCUGCUGGACCAGAAACAUGAGCACUUGAUCUGCUGGACCUCGAACGAUGGUGAAUUCAAGCUCCUCAAAGCAGAAGAAGUGGCCAAACUGUGGGGACUCCGAAAAAACAAAACAAAUAUGAACUACGAUAAACUGAGCAGAGCCCUGCGAUACUAUUAUGACAAGAACAUCAUCAAGAAGGUGAUUGGGCAGAAGUUUGUGUACAAGUUUGUCUCUUUCCCAGAGAUACUGAAGAUGGAUCCACACGCAGUGGAGAUCAGCCGGGAGAGCCUUUUGCUGCAGGACAGAGACUGUAAGGUGCCGCCCGAGGGCCGCGAGGCGCACAAACACAGCCUGUCGGCCCUCAAAAGCACGAGCCGCAAUGAAUAUAUCCACUCAGGCCUGUACUCAUCCUUCACCAUCAACUCCCUACAGAACCCACCAGAUUCUUUCAAGGCAAUCAAGACAGAGAAGCUGGAGGAGCAGCCUGAAGGCAGUCCUCCCGUGGAAGAAGUCAGGACUGUCAUCAGGUUUGUGGCUAAUAAAACCAACAAGCAUGUCACCAGGCCUGUGGUGUCCCUGCCCUCCACGUCCGAGGCCGCAGCUGCAUCUGCCUACCUGGCCUCGUCCGUCUCAGCCAAGAUCUCCUCCUUAAUGUUGCCAAAUGCUGCCAGCGUUUCCUCCGCGUCACCCUCCUCAUCGCGGUCCCCAUCCCUAUCCCCCAACUCACCCCUCCCUUCUGAACACAGAAGCCUCUUCCUGGAGGCCACCUGCCAUGACUCGGAUUCCCUGGAGCCUUUGAACCUGUCAUCGGGCUCCAAGACCAAGUCGCUGUCUCUCCCCCCAAAGGCCAAAAAACCCAAAGGCUUGGAAAUCUCUGCACCCCCACUGGUGCUCUCCGGCACCGACAUUGGAUCCAUCGCCCUUAACAGCCCAGCCUUGCCCUCGGGAUCCCUCACCCCAGCCUUCUUCACUGCACAGACACCAAAUGGAUUGCUUUUGACCCCGAGUCCGCUGCUAUCCAGCAUACAUUUCUGGAGUAGUCUUAGUCCAGUUGCUCCGCUGAGUCCUGCCAGGCUGCAAGGGCCAAACACGCUGUUCCAGUUCCCAACACUGCUGAACGGCCACAUGCCAGUGCCAAUCCCCAGUCUGGACAGAGCUGCUUCUCCAGUCCUGCUUUCUUCCAGCUCUCAGAAAUCCUGAUGACGUCUGGCCGCAAUUAAGGACUCAUUAAGGGAAGAAAGAAAUUUGCCCUCAAGGACUAGUUUACCUAUGUCAUGAGAAGGACAUUGUGAAACCCUCUGUUAAUUUGGUUUGCACUUUUCAUAACAUGGAUAGUCUAGAUUUAUGUUAGCAUUUUUUAAACUUUUUUUUUUAUAUUCAAGUAUAUAUGAAAAUCUGUUUUGCAUUAAAUGAACUUUAAUUUUUUUUUUAAUAUCCUCUUAGCUCUUAAGUGUCGAACACUGUUGACAGUGAAGAACUUUUCUGAAUGGAUUUCAGUGUAACUAACAAGGAUGUGAAGCUUGUUUUCUCUGUAAUUCUGCAUAUGCUGAACUGUGCUUAACAGACACUAUAACCAGCUGUGCCUUCCUCCGCAGUUAGUUUUAUGUAAAUGAUUUAUAUAUUUUUUAGUAUUAAGAGAAUGUUUGAAAGACAAAAAAUUAGUAUCAACUCUCUAGUAGAAUUUCAUUAUUUUUCACAAGUAGGCAAGAUGAAAGCAUAUUCUUAUUACUUUUCCUUUUGUGCUUUCAAUUAUAUAAGAAUUGCCUUAGAACCUCUUUUGGACUGAAAUUUAGUAAAUGUAAUGUCCAACUGAUGUUUUUAUAAGAACAAACUAAGCCAUAUUUAGACAAUAAACAUUCAUGAAAGUAAAUGUUCUAAAGCGCAUUUUUUAAAAAUGAAUUUUGAAAGACUAGCCUCCCAGCUGUUUACAGCAUUUUUUAUACUCCUCCCAAACAAAAACUUGAGAUGGAAAAUCUACAUCAAGUUCACUCUAGCCAUGCUCCAGGACUUUCCUUGGUUAAUGUGUUCUUAUUUAAAAUAACUAGCCCUGCUAUUCCCAGUUUUCCGUAGAGAAUCACAUCCCUUUGAUUUUUUUACUGUGUCAGUAAAGGGGCUAGGUUUUCUCUAAACUCCUGGAACUUAAGAGGCUCCAGACUGGUGAUAAAUACAAGCAAGAAAGGAACAAUUCUGUAACACUGAGUACCUCCAGGUGUAUAGGUAUACCCUGGCUUGUGGAAAUUGAGAGGUAGGACACUUUGCUUUAUGUAUUUAUUACUGAAUUUAUGGUGGAGAUGAAGGAAACCUGAUAAAAGAAACAGAGAACUCUUUAGGAACCUCAUCAUUGUGGAACUGAACUGGCUGAUUAGGUAACAAUUUAUAACACUGUGCAGUAAAUUCUUUUCUGUAGCUUAGAGCACUGAUAAUAGAAACAGAUUUGCUCUUCCUUCAAAAAAUCAGCAGGCACCACUCUAUAGAAGCAUCGUUCUGUACAUGAAGUAGGAAAGUUCUAAUGCAACAUAAGAAAAGUGGAAAGUGCCCAGUGCUUUAAAUUCAAGAUUAAACCAACUAGUUGCCAUUGAGUUGACUCUAACUCCUGGAAACCCCAUGUGUGUCAGAGUAAAACAGUAUUCCACUGGGUUUUCAAGCCUGAUUUUUCAGACGUAGAUCUAUAGGCCUUUCUUCCGAGGCACUUCUGAGUAGAAUCAAAAUUCCAAAGUUUCAGUUAGCGGCUGGGUGUGUUAACCAUCUACACCAACCAGGGAUUCUUAAAUUCAAGAUUAGGUUAAGUAUAAUCCUUAACUACAAGUAGUAGAAACCAAAUUGAAAUGUGGCUAAACAAUUAAUUGAAUUUUCACACUAAAAUUUUGUUAUAAUACAUGCAAAGUUUGAUAUUUUCAACUGGAAACGGGCAUCUGUGGGGGGUGGGGGAUGCUAUGUGACCUUUAUGGCGUGGAAAAAUCCAAACAUUCCAACAUUCAUCUUUGACUAUAAAGCAAUGGGGCUGGUUCCAACAUCCACAGAUAGGCACUACUGUCACCCUCCUCAUAGGCUCAGGAUAAUUCUGUACUAAAAUAAAAGGAGCUGGUCCAUUGCCACUGAGUCAAUUCUGACUCAUAGGAGCUGGUCCAGGGAACUGAUAUUCAGCAAACAAAAUAUGAGAGCUAGAUGGGGCCUUCAAGAAUACUUCCCACCACCUGUUUACAGAUGAGGACAGGUGCAUAGGAGAAAUGGCCACACAGCUAACUAAAAACAGAACAAAGAUUGGUGCUUAGUCUAGUUCUGUUUCUGAUGCCUAACUAUAAAGACUGGCCCGGAACAAUGUAUUAGAUAGAAAAACCAGAGGAAGAUACAGCAUUAAAUUUUUUUUUGUCAGAUAAAUGAACAUGUCUUAAAUGUAAGAUUCUUCUCUAGAAGCUAGAAAGUUAAUGUGUAAAAAUCUCAUUCAAAAAUAUUUUCAGUAUAAUUUUUGAAUGUAAAUGCUGACUGGAAAUAUGCAAAUGACUACAAAUCUGAUUCUUGUUUUUUCUUUCUCUAAAUACUGAUUAAAUGUAUACGCUAGAUACAUUAGAAAUGGAAAAAAUAUCAUUUUGGAUGGAUCAAGAAAUUCACUAUACCACACAGAAAACUGGAGGUAUUGAAUUAUAACCUUGACAAUUUUACCCCAUUCUUUUUUUAAAAAAUAGAAGUCUUUUAGUCAGAAAAUAGGUUCCAAAGAAUAUAUUACUUUUUUUUUUCCUUUUUAUAUGUCUACUUGAUCAGUGUUAAACUGCUAUUGGCUAAAGUUUUAUAAAACUAUAAUCUGAACAUUGGUCUCUUUGUACACCUGUUUUCUAAGCCUGCAAAUCUUCAUUCAUUUUCAUUUAUGUAUCAUUUUUAUUAUGUUAUUUUUGUUCAAUAAAUACAUUGUGAUAAAACGCUUAAGGAAGCUAGUGGGUUGGUUUAUUUCCAUUUAUUUGGGAUGACUCAAAUUCACUUUUCCAUAUGGGGUACAAGCUGGAAAAUAAGUCUUGUCAUCUGGCCUAAAUAUGGCACAUCAAAACAUUAUAGAUAGAUGAUAGAUAGAUAGAUAGGUAGAUAGAUAGAUAGAUAGAUAGAUAGAUAGAUAGAUAGAUAGAUAGAUAGAUAGAUAGAUAGAUAGAUAGAUGAUAGAUUAGAUAAGAUAUAUAAAAAUUUAAGGAAUUAAAUAUAAUUGGGGGGAAGGGAGUGGGUUUGAAAAGUGGUCCCCUGAUCUUUUUAAAUCUUAAGCUUUAUCGGUCACUCAAUAUUGAGAUGGGGGCAAUGAGAAAGGAGGGAAAAACCAAAUUACCAUUUAUUCUUUUAGUCAUGUUGACACAGGAAAAUGUGAUCAGGUAGAUUUGGUUAUAAAGGUUAUUGUUCCUCCCAGUCUCACCAACUCUGCCUGAUCUGGCUGUGGUUUUCAUGGAUGAGCUCAAUGCUCUCUCCAUCGUUAGUUUGAUAUAUACAGAGCGAGAGAGAGAGAGAGAGAGAGAGAGAGAGAGAGUGUGUGUGUGUGUGUGUGUGUGUGUGUGGCGGGGAGAGGAGCAGGGAGAAAUACUGGAUAAAUGGAGGUCCUGAAACAAAAUGCUGACUGUCAGAACUCCUGUGUCAAAAGCUCAUGGGCAAUUCAGAGCAGCAUAUGGUAUGUCACACUUGCAGGUAGUGGUAGGUACUUGCUGAAGAAACAUUUGAGAACCAACUACCUUCCAAGUAUUAUUUGAAAAUGGGGAAUGGAAAUCUGGCCACUGUUCUCAAAAAGCUAAGAAGACAUUUUGUACAUAAGAGUUCAAGUAAAUCAGUUUUAUAAAGUGUCCUUUUGUACCUCAAUAGUCACCGGUAUCUCUCCCUCAUGUCCACACUCUCUUUGGUUAUCUGGGAUAACCAAAUAUUGGCACUGAAGAAUACACUAUGUCCAACUACCCACUCCCAGAUGAGUCAGGCCUCUGAGACCCACUUUUAUUCACUAUUUCAUCACUAAACCCAAAACUCAUUGCCAUCAAGUUGACGCUGACUCAUAGCAACCCAACAGGAGAGAGUAGAAUUGCCACAGCGUUCCUAAGGCUGUAAAUCUUUAUGGACACAGACUGACACAUCAAAUUCCUGGCUGGUGGGUUUGAACUGCUGACCUUUUGGUUAGCAGCUGAGUGCUUAACCACUGUGCCACCAGGGCUCAUUACUUAAUCACUAGGUGACAUAAUUUUAGUUUAUAACAGGAACCAUUUAAAAAACUGCUUAUUAUGUGCACGACAUUGUUCUAUGUAUAUUACAUGGAUUAUUUUAUUCAGUCUUCCUAACAACCCCCCCACGUGUCUUUCAGUUUGUCGUACUGUCAUGACUUCUGUGUUGCCACUGGUAUUUCAAACACCUGCAGGGUCAUUCAUGGCGGACCGGUAUCACCUGAACUUCCAGACUAAGGCAGACCAGAAAGAAGGACUUGGCAGUCUACUUCCAAAACAUUAGCCAGUGAAAACCUUAUGAAUAGCAGCAAAACAUUGUCUGACAUAAUGCCAGAAGAUGAGCCCCUCAGGUUGGAAGGCACUUAAAACACAACUGGGCAAGAGCUGCCUCCUCAAAGUAGAGUCGACCUUAACAACAUGGAUGGAGUCAAGCUUUCAGGACCUUCAUUUGCUCAUGUGGCAUGACUCAAAAUGAGAAGAAACAGCUGCAGACACCCAUUAAUAAGAGGAACGUGGAAUGUAUGAAGUAUGAAUCUAGGAAAAUUGGAAGUCGUCAAAAAUAAAAAGGAACACAUACAGAUUGAUAUUCUAGGCAUUAGUGAGCUGAAAUGGACUGGUAGUGGUAUUAGCCAUUUUGAAUCAGACAAUCAUAUGGUCUACUAUGCCGGAAAAUGACAAAUUAAAGAGGAAUGGCAAUGCAUUCAUCAUCAAAAAGAACAUUUCAAGAUCUAUUCCGAAGUACAAUGCUGUCAGUGAUAGGAUAGUAUCCAUAUGCCUACAAGGAUGACCAGUUAAUGUAACUAUUAUUCAAAUUUACACACUAACAACUAAGGCCAAAGAUGAAGAAACUAAGAUUUUUACCAACUUCUGCAGUCUGAAAUUGAUCAAACAUGCAGUCAAGAUGCACUGAUAAUUAUUUGUGAUUGGAAUGAGAAAGUUGGAAACAAAGAAGCAACGGUAGUUGGAAAAUAUGGCACUGGUGACAGAAACGAUGACGGAGAUCACAUGGUAAAAUUUUGCAAGAUCAAUGACUUCAUUGCAAAUACCAUUUUGCAACAACAUGACCAGCGACUAUACACACGGACCUCAUGGAAUGGAAUUCAGAGGAAUCAGUUCGACUAUAUCUGUGGAAAGAGAUGAUGCAAAAGCUCAGUAUCAUCAGUCAACACAAGGCCAGGAGCCGACUGUGGAAUAGACCAUCAAUUGCUCAUAUGCAAGUUCAAGUUGGAGAUGAAGAAAAUUAGAACAAGUGCACAAGAGCCAAAGUACAACCUUGAGUAUAUCCCACAUGAAUACAGAGACCAUAGAUGUGACACAAUGAACACUAAUGACCAAAGACCAGAUGAGUGGUAGAAUGGCAUCAAGGAUAUCAUACAUGAAGAAAACAAGAGAUCAUUAAAAAGACAGGAAAGAAAAGACUAAACUGGGUGCCAGAAGAUUCAAGCCUCAAGUUGCAAUAUUGAAGGAUUCAAGCUUCAAGUUGCAAUAUUGAAGGAUUCUACAGGCAAAGUAUUAAAUGACGCAGGAAGCAUUGAAAGGAGAUGGAAGGAAGACACUGAGUUUCAAAAUGAAUGGUCGAUAUUCAACCAUUUCAAGAAGCAGCGUAUGAUCAAGAACAGAAGGUACUGAAGGAAGAGGUCCAAGCUGCACUGAAAGCACUGGCGAAAAACAAGUUUCCAGGAACUGAUGGAAUACCAACUGAGAUGUUUCAACAAACAGAUGCAUUGCUGCAAGUGCUUACUUGUCUAUGCCAAGAAAUUUGGAAGGCAGCUACCUGGCCAACUGACUGGAAGAGAUCCAUAUUUGUGCUAAUUCCAAAGAAAGGUGAUCCAACAGAAUGUGGGAAUUAUUGAACAAUAUCAUUAAUGUCACACACAAGUAAAAUUUUGCUGAAGAUCAUUCAAAAACAACUGCAGCAGUACAUCGACAGGGAACUGCCAGAAAUUCAAGCCGGAUUCAGAAGAGGACGUGGAACAAAGGAUAUCGUCACUGAUGUCAGAUGGAUCCUGGCUGAAAGCAGAGAAUAUCAGAAAGAUGUUUACUUGUGUUUUCUGAUGAUGCAAAGGCACUCAACAGUGUGAAUCAUUAACAAAUUAUGGUAACAUUGUGAAGAAUGGGAAUUUCAGAUGUGCUUACCAGGAACCAGUACAAAGACCAAGAGGCAGUCAGUCAUUGGAAGAGAAUAAGGGGCUACUUCUUGGUUUAAAGUCAGGAAAGGUGUACAUCUGGGUUGUAUCCUUUCACCAUACCUAUUCAUUCUGUAUACUGAGCAAGUAAUCUGAGAAGCUGGACUAUAUGAAGAAGAACACAGCAUCAGGAUUGGAGGAAGACUUAUUAACAACCUGCAUUAUGCAGAUAAUACAGCCUUGCUUGCUGAAAGUGAAGAGGACUUGAAGCACUUACUGAUGAAGAUCCAAGACUACAGCCUUCAGUAUGAAUUACACCUCAACAUAAAGAAAAAAAUCCUCACAACUGGACCAAUAAGCAACACCAUGAUAAACGUAGAAAAGAUAAAAGUUGUCAAGGAUUUCAUUUUACUGGGAUCCACAAUCAACAUCCAUGGAAGCAGCAGUCAAGAAAUCAAAGGAGUUGCACUGGGCAGAUCUGCGCAAAAGACCUCCUUAAAAGUGUUAAAAAACAAAGAUGUCACUUUAAGGACUAAAGUGUGCCUGACACAAGCCAUGGUGUUUUCAGUCACUUGUAUGCAUGUGAAAGCUGGACAAUGAAUAAGGAAAACCAAAGAACUGAUGCCUUUGAAUUAUAGUGUUGGCAAAGAAUAUUGAAUAUACUAUGGUCAGCCAGAAGAACAAACAAAUCUGUCCUGGAGGAAGUCCAGCCAGAAUGCUCCUUAGAAGCAAGAACGGUGAGACUUUGUUUCAAGUACUUUGGACAUGUUAUCAGGAGGGAAAGCUACGGUUAAGCACUCGGCUGCUAACCAAAAGGUUGGCAGUUGAAUCCACCAGGUGCUCCUUGGAAACCCUAUGGAGCAGUUCUGCUCUGUCCAAUAGGAUUGCUAUGAGUUGGAAUCUACUUGAUGGCAGUGGGUUUGGGUUUUUUGGGGGGUGGGGGUGUAUCAGGAGGGACCAGUCCCUGGAGAAGGACAUCAUGCUUGAUAACGUAGAUGGUCAGCAAAAAAGAGGAAGACCCUCAACUUCAACAAGAUGGACUGACACAAUGGCUGCAACAAUGGGCUCAAGCAUAACAACGAUUACAAGGAUGGUGCCAGGACUGAAGUUUUCAUUCUGUUGUACAUAGGGUCACUGUGAGUCAGAACCAACUCCACAGCACCUAACAACAACCCAGCAACCCUAUGAGGGAUGUGAUAUUAUAUCCCAUUUUACAGAUGAAGAAAUCGAGGCUCAGGGUGGUCAAAUAACUUCAGGAGAUUAUAGAGCUAGCCAGAUUUCAAACCCAGCACCUUUGAUUCUAGUGGCCAUGAUGACCUCGAAAGAAUUUAAACUAGCAGUAUACAUCUUCACAUCCCAGUGCCGUGGAGUCGAUUCCGACUCAUAGCGACUAUCUUCACAUAGUACAUAUAAAUCUUAAACACAUUUGCUAUUAUUGUUUUCUGGGGAGCAGAUUCUCAAUUGUUGUAGAGCUGGCCCCACUUCGACUCCACAGUAUUGACUUUAUUCCCAGUCCCACUCCCUCCACGGGGGUGUGUGUGUGUUUGUGUGUGUACAGAACUGUUUCAUUAUAGGUUGGUUCUUAAGUUUCUGAAGAGUCACAUAUUUUAGCUGCCUUCUUUUUUCUUUAGGAAGAAAAAGUUGCCUUUUUAUUCACCAAUUUUUGACUCCUGUAUUUGUCUUUGGUUCCUUCAGAAAGAAGGGUCCAAUUUAUAACUGAUAAAAAUUACAUAUCAUUCAGGAUUGCUUUGUGCAUAUAUAUGUCUUUAAUUCAAUCAACAAAUGCAAAGGCAGUUAAAUGACAGGGCACCUAACCCAGUCUGGUAGUAGAUUUAGGGUGCGGACAGUAGGUCAAAGAAGGCUUUCUGGAAGAAAUAAUUGAGACCUGAAGAAUAAAGAAGAGUAGCAAAGAAAAGAGGGAUAGAAGAAAAGAGUGCUCCAGGCAGAAGAAAGAGGAUGCCUCGGUUCAGGUAUGGCAGAAAGCAUUCGAGGAACUCAAAGAUCAGUAUGGUUGCAUUUACUCACACUGAGCAGAAAGCCUGUAGUUCACCAUCACAUGAGAUAGUAAUGUAGAAGCUAGUAGCCCUGUGUCUGUAGCUGUCGAGUCAAUUCCUACUCAUAGUGACCCUAUAGGAGAGUAGAACUUCCCCAUAGAGUUUCCAAAGCUGUAAAUCUUUAAGGAAGCAGGUGGCCUCACAUUUCUACCACAGAGUGAUUGGUGGGAUCAAACUACCAACUUUCUGGUUAGUGGCCGAGUGCUUAACCGUUUGAAUCAUCAGGGCUCCUUAGAAACUAGGAGCAAGAGAGCCUAAUUCUAAAUUCAAAAGGGAAAGGGGACUUCUAGAUCACUGCAAAGCCAUGAAGGGUAGAUAGGCUAAGACUUUGUGAAGAACACAGUGGCAGAACUGGGCUCCAAAAGCAAUCUUUUGCUGAUUUUCACUGUUUCUAGAGAAAAUAGUACAUGCACACCAUCCAGAGAUGAGUUAACAUGACUCAAAACAGCACCACAGCACCCUUUCGUCACCUGGCCACCUCAGCCUCACACAUUCACAGGUAGGGAAGAUGAUGAAGAAGAUGAUGAUGCCUAUGACCUCUUCUGGCUGGAAGAAUGUGGAACCAUCACCAAUACAGCUGGAGAAAUGGCUGAAGUUUUUGUGACAAUGUUUUCACUAGAACUGUUCUAAGAAGAAUUCCAUAGAGUCCUGAGAAAAGUCUGCUGCCCAAAUUCCAAGCCUGUACUCACUACAGUUCCAUGCCUAACCCAGAGCCCACUGGAACCAUCCUCUUCUAAGCACACAAGACUUUUGGUAGAUGCUGAACUUUCCUCACCUGAAAAGUGCUGUGUAUCAUUCAGGUGGUCACGAGCUACUUCUUCACACUCAUCUUUAUGAUCUAUCCCAGGUACCUCUGCAUCACUACAGCAGUAGGUGCUUAGGCAGAAGAAAGUGACAAGAGCGGCCAUCGUGAUUCCUACUCUCCGUCUGUAUGUCUUGCCCUCUCUCUGGCCCCUUCUCACACCACCCUGCUUAACAGAGGGUUAAUUUACAGGCUCUGAACUGAAGUGGUAAUCUCCAGGAGGUGUUGGUUUUUCCCGGUAAGCUCAAUUUUCCCACUUCUAGUGGGGAGACGCCACCAAUGAGAAGUGUUUCCCAUUAUCACAGAUCAAAACUUUUUGUUCCUUUUUUUAAUUAAAGAACCUUUAUAUUCAUUACUUGGUUACACAUUUCUUGUUCUAAUCUUCUAAUAGAAAAUUGGUGACUUCAGUGGUCUUUUCUGGGUCAGCGGUGGACAGUGAUUACCAACUUCAGCUAGGACUUACGGUAGCCAAAAGAAAUUCCUGCCUAUCUAAAGCCAGAAUUCAAGCUUAAUAUUACAAAAUUAUUUCUAGUUUUGGACUGAACAACAGGGGAAAACAUUACCCCUUUCCUUGGGUCUCAAGUAAUGUCUUGAAACCUUUGGAGAUCUCAAGUUUGGACCAUAUGGAAAUGUGCAAAUUCUUUAGCUCAGCAGCCUGCUCAUAAGCUUGUGUUCCCAUUUAACAUUUUGAUAUAGAUUAACUUGUCAAUCAAAAAGAAACGAAUCAUUAUAAGAAACUAGAUUAGAAUACUAAAAAAAAUAAAAUCAUGGACAUUAAAAACAACAAUAAAUUCAAAAAGAUUAUAUUUGGGGGUAAAUCUUUUAAAACCACAUGAUUUGGCCUGAGUCCAUAAGAUAUUAUAACAUGUUGUAAAAAUCGUAGUGCAGGGUGUUUGACCUCGUCUAACAUCACAAGGGGAAGGUGAGGGAAUCAUGAGCAUUGAAAGUCCAAAGCUGAUUCCUAUGAGGUGGAAGUUAGACAUACCUCCCUUCUCCAACCUUUUUACCAAUUUUGACACCACCCGUCUCACCCACUGCACUCUGUGCUUCUCUGGUAGGUUUGACUCAUUGCAAUGGCCAGACAGAACUCAGACAAUACUCACGAUUAUGGGGUUUAUUAAGGAAGUAACAGGUUACAAUUCAGGAUCAGGAACAACUCAGGAUACAGCUCUUCCAGCAGGACAUCUUCUCAGCCAUGCCCGCAGGCAGGCCUCUCUCUCCCUCGGUCUCUCGGCCCGGCCUCUGCCCUGCUUGGGCAAGUGUCACAAAGCUCUUUAGCAUCUCCAGUAAGGGCCUGGGGGCACUCCACUCCACCAGCAAGCCUCCUGCCUGAAGGUGAUCAGCUCUCUCCCUCCAUGGGUUGGCACACUCACUGUAGCCACCUUGCUCCGUGGGUUAGGAAGCCCAUUGUGCUGACUCCUGCUAGUGUCCCGGUUCUGCCAUUGCUGUUUCACUGAUGCUCCUUCUCUGCUGCCACUUCUCACCGUCUCGUGCCAUCUCCAGUGUUAGAGCUCUCUCUGCAGCUUCUGGGUCUAGGAGGUUCUCAGAGCAAGAACCCUGGGUCCAAAGUAUGCGCUCCGCUCCUGGUUUUUCUUCUUGAUGGUAGUGCGGUGCCCCCUUUUCACCACCGCGAUGGCUCAUUUUAAGCCUAGUGGGAUGGCAAAACUGACCAGUCCCUCAUUAGGGUUCCAUAUACCUUAUUUGCACGGUCCCUCCCCUACAAGGGUGUCAUGAACCUUAUGUGCAUUAUUGACAAGCUGUCCAAUUCCCAUGGUGGGCCACAAGCACCUUAUCUGCAUAGUCCCACUGAAUCAUUUAGUGGGAGUUACAAGACCACGGCUAACACGGCUGUAUAAAAGCAAUCCAUCACAUCGCAUAUGUUAACAUGUAGUCUUUCAAACCUAAGCUGCUAAAGCACCAAAUAGAACGCAGCCACUUCUAAACACCUGGAAUGGCACAUUCAAUGUGUGUAAACACCACCAUUUGGAAAGAAACCAAAAAAGGCAUCCUCUCUUACUUUUAUGAAACUUGUCAGCUUAAGAUGAAUCUAACUGUUCAAGGUUCAAAAUUUCUGAGUUUUAAUUCUUUUCACUAUAAGCUUUUCAGGAUCUAAAUGGUGCUCUAGUGUCAAAAAACACUUUUUUGCUUACCAAACUCUUUAAUAAAAUGAAGACACAUCCCUAGGGCAUCUAGGAAGCAGAAUUUUAUAUGACUACUGGAUAUAUGUAAGAAUCAAACUUAUGGAUAACUGUAUGUCAAAUUUGCAACAAAUCAAGUACACACACACAUCUCCUAUGAAAUGAUAAAUCUAACACUUUUUAAUUGAGAGUGCUAUCCUAAAAAAUAAGAGCAGAGAAACAAAACAAAUGGCUAUCACAAAUAAUUAGCUAUCACUAUUGGCACAAUGAGACUUCAUUAUCUUAAAAAUAAGACCCAUAAAAAUAAAUGAUCCCACACUGCACAGCCUUCUUCCCCAAGAAAGAACCGUAACUCAACAAAACCACAUUUUUAACAACAUGAAGAUUCUGUUAUUAUAAAUUUCAAAACAAAAUGGAGGAAUUUCCACAUAAUAUUUAUAACCUGCAAAGUACAAUAUUAAUACAUGUCUGUCAGUUAGAAAUAACAGCAGUUUGUUAGGCUACAGGUUUAACAUAAAACCAAUUUACAAAUGUGAAAAGCAGUAGUGGUCCAAUAUUCACCAUUACACACCAAUCUGUUUCUUCCAGAAAAAUUUUUUUAAAAAAUUAAAAUUUCAGUAUCAUGAAAUAUUAAAAUAACACCCCAAACAUGCCACAAUCACUAUUCACAAAUAAAGUUAAAAUGAAAUAUACAAAGAUUCACUUAAUACUGUUAAAUAACAACAAUAAACUACAAGAUUUCCUGAACAGAAAUGGCAGGACCCCUGAAUGUUUAACAGUGAAUACCAGGGAAAAAAAAUUAAGUUAUGAUUAUUUUCAUGAUAUAUAAGCCAAAAACUUACAUGACCAUUUCAAAAUAUACCAAUGAAGAUUUAUAGUUUGUAAGAUGCACUAAACAAAUAGUCCUUAGUAAGUGAACACAAAUGCUUAAAACACUGCUAGUAACACCAAGGUGUGUUUAUGAUGUUCAAAGAGAUGCACAAUCAAAACUGUAAUAUCGACUAUAUCCGGUAAACAGAUAAUACCUAUAAUUCUCUAGAACAAUCUUCUAAGUUCUCGUUUCUCUCGUUGUAGCUUAUCAUGGCUCAUUUCAAAGACGUAUUACAGCUUUCAGCUGAUUCCAAGUGAAGGUUAUUAAAACAGACAUACAUACCACACACACACACACACACACACACACACACACAGCCCCUAAAUGAAAUAAAUUGUUCCUCAGUGGAAUAUCAUCCUUUCUUAAAAAAAAAAAGAAAUAUAUUUAAAAUAAACAAGAGCAAGACCUUUCAUGUUU